GUUUGUUUAUUAUCUUCCUUUGUAUAGUCAUCGCGUGUCCAUGGUCUUCGUUUCUUGCAGAUCGAUGACGGAUUUCAUGACGAAUCUAUGAAGUCACAUUUUCGCAUUAGUUGCAAGAAUAAUUGUUUUAUUGUUGCAGCAUAGAGAUGAGCAUGGGUAUUUGUUAUUGACGGUGGUACUCUGAUGAUAUGUUAAGGCCAAAAAUGUAAGCCAAUAGGCCAGCAAUAGGUCACGUUCACUCAAACCAUAGAGAAAAGUUAUACUAAAUCCAAGGCUGAGGUGAAAAAAACUAAAACUGUUUUAGUCUAUACUUCUUGACAAUCAUGGCGAGCACGUCGAGGUCUGUUUUUGUAAUUUAUUUUUAUUUCUGAUACACAAAUCGCCGUUAUUUGUUUGAUAAUCUGCAGAAUAUUGUUAAAUUCAGUAUGGCUUUACGUAAGUUGUCAGUAGUGGGAAAAUUAGUGCAUGAAAGUGCUACAAUCUUACCUGAUGAUUCGAUUUCUAUUUGCUGGAACGACUGCUGAGACCUACUUUCUUUGUGGUUUUAGAAUCGAGGCGAACAAAGUUGUGUGCUAUUCUCAUCCCGAUGCUCCACUCAUCGAAGACUACAGGGCUGGGGACAUGAUAUGUUCCGAAUGCGGACUGGUUGUUGGUGACAGGGUUAUAGACGUAGGGUCAGAAUGGCGUACUUUCAGCAACGAGAAGUCUGGAGUGGACCCGUCUCGUGUUGGUGGUCCAGAAAAUCCGUUAUUAUCAGGUGGCGAUUUAUCUACUAUGAUAGGACCUGGUCGAGGAGAUGCCUCAUUUGACAGUUUUGGAGUAUCUAAAUAUCAAAAUAGAAGAAACAUUAGCAGUACAGACAGAGCUCUUAUAAAUGCCUUCAGAGAAAUAAACACCAUGGCGGACAGAAUCAAUCUUCCCAAAACUAUUGUGGAUAGAGCUAAUAAUCUUUUUAAACAGGUACAUGAUGGUAAAAAUCUGAAGGGUAGAGCAAAUGAUGCUAUUGCUUCAGCAUGCCUGUAUAUUGCAUGCCGACAAGAAGGUGUGCCUCGCACAUUCAAAGAAAUCUGUGCAGUCAGUAAAAUUAGUAAAAAAGAAAUUGGAAGAUGUUUCAAGCUUAUACUCAAGGCAUUGGAGACAUCUGUAGACCUAAUUACUACAGCAGACUUUAUGUCUCGGUUCUGUUCAAACCUCGGUCUGCCUAAUUCUGUUCAAAGAGCAGCUACGCACAUCGCAAGGAAGGCAGGGGAGCUGGAUAUUGUUUCUGGUCGCAGCCCUAUUUCCGUAGCCGCAGCUGCAAUUUACAUGGCCUCUCAGGCAUCUGAUGACAAACGCAGUCAGAAAGAUAUUGGCGAUAUUGCAGGCGUGGCUGACGUCACCAUUCGACAGUCGUACAAGCUCAUGUAUCCAUUCGCUGCCAAGUUGUUCCCUGAAGACUUCAAGUUCGCUACACCCAUUGAGUUCCUGCCACAGAUGUAAAAGUGAUAUAUAUCUUAAAGAAGACAUAGGUACCUCUCUCAUGGAGUAAACAUCUGUGAGUUUCCUUUGGCAUUUUUUACAUAUUUCAUCCCUAGUUAUUACAUACAAUCUUUCCUUAUUGAAUGUGAUUGUAAAAUUGUUAAGCACAGGCAUAGAUGUGGUAAUACCGUAAUUUUAAAAUCACUUUAGUCAUUCUGUGUAGUGAAUUUAAUCUGUGUACUGAAAAAUCUUAAGUGAAGCUUAACACUCAAUGAGCCUUGGAGAUCUUUAUCGAAAGAUUUUCCAAACAGAAACCAAAUCAUUACUGAAGUGUGAUUUAUUGUAUGACCAGCAUGCGAAAAGAGAUCUUUAUUGAUUGCUGAAGAAUUACAAACUUACAUCAAAUUGUGAUUACCAAUAGUUUUUUUUAAACAGAUACCAAUUCUGUACUCUAGUGAGUGUACAAUAUGAUCAGCUUAAGAACUAGAUAUGUUUUGCCCGUUUUAUUAUCAUUUCAAAUAUUUAAAUACUUUAUGAAAUACUUGAGCUCUAUAACUUACUAUAGUAAUGUUGUUUUAAAGCAAAAAUCUCAGAAUAUUGGUCCGAAAUAAUCUUAUUCUUUGUUAUAAUAGCCAAAUGUUUAGUAAAGUUUUUUUCUAAUGUUUGGGCCUACAGAAAAGCCUAGUUACAGUUGCUAUUGUUAGACAAUAAUACCUGUAUUUGCAGAAAUAUACAGGGAUUAUAGAACAUAAUGCUUUUUUUUAUACUGAACUACAAAAAUAUGAUAGGCUUACAAAAUUUCUUUAUGUAUUAUAAAAUACAAAUUUGAAGAAAGAUUAUCAAAAAGGGACAAUUAUACCUAAAUCAUAACGCAACAUUGGUAGAAAAAGUUAAAGAAAAUUUCACUUAUGUUUAACUUUCUAUUCUUAAAUGACGGUUUUGACUUAUUUUAUAAGAAAGACAGAGUAAUAUUGAUACUUCUGUUUGGUUUACAGUUGUAACUUGAUAAAUAAAAAUCCAUUGUAAAAAUUUAAAUACAAAAUGCACUGCAUGUAACUUAUUGACCAUUAAAACAAGAACAUUGUUUUUUCCAAUACAGCUUUGUACAUAAUUAAUGCCAGACUGAUUUUAAGCCAUGCUAGGAUUGUAUAGUUAUGAAAUCUAACAAUAGGUAUGUGAAUUCAUCUCUUAUGUUUGUUAUGUAUCAUCAUUGUUACUUUCAUUUCACUCUCAAACUAUAAUCAAAAUAUAGUAUAUGGUCCUUAUAUUAUAAUGCAGCACAAAUUUUGGCGAAACGGCUGUAUGCAUACAUAUACGCAUAUACACUGAAAUUUCAGUAAAUCUUGGGAAAAUAUUGUUGAUUUUAAAGUCUAGAUUUCGUAUACGCGUGUAACCGUUAUGCACGAUUCUAUUGCUGUGCUUGUUUAAGUAUUUAUUUUGUGAUUUACGUGUCUCAUAGAAGUCAAAAGACUUAACACUCCACUCUGUUAGUGCUUAUCUCUAUUAUUAUUCAGCCAUAAUUUUAUAUAUCACACACUUUUAAUAAUACUAAUGGACAUGAGGCCAAAUAAAAGUAUCGUCUUAGUAGGGAAAGGUCUGUGCGAUAUAUUAAUAAAAGUCUGUGCGAUAAAUAAUCAUUUAUCUGAAUAUACACCCCGGAAAACUUCUUGAGCAAAGACCAUGGACAAAGAAGCCUGCAUAGCCAUUUUAUAUACAAAAAUGUCUACUGCGCAGGUUUAUUACUCUGUUUAGCUCAAGACAAGUAUGUCGUUACCUUUAUCUGUUCACUCAUUUUCUGUUUUAUUAAGACACUGCAAUGAUUUUCACCAACUCUUUCUAGUUUUACGUUAUUAUUUCGAUAGAUACCAUCCGACCAUAAGUUGGACAAAUUGUUAUUGUGAAUUGUGAUGCUUAAGUAAGAUGACAACUAUAUGAUUUUAUUUAACGAUGCUUGUGUGGCAAAUGUAUAAGUUCGCUAAAUGUAACUUUUUUGUGUAUGUUAGUAUGUUGCCAGUUCUCAUGGCUCUUCCAUCUGUAUAGUCAAGACCUCAUCGGUAGUUACAUUUCAUACCGACAGCACCUUUGUUACGUAGCAUUGUGGGCUAUAUUCCUAGUGAAAGUUUAUCUGACUGUAAUUUGUCUUGACUGAACCAAAAUGUUGGAUUUUGUGAAGUAGUAAAUUUUUUAUCGUCUUCUGUUUUCUAUGAUGUAAUAAUGAUACUGACUGUAUAUAAUAGAUAGUUUUAUACAAAAACUAAGAGAAAAUAUCGUUAAUAAUAUUGAUUGCCUUAACUAAGUAUAUUAUAAUACGGUUUAAUUUCAUAUAUUCAAAAGGCGUGUAAGGUAUUGUUACCAACGGUAAAUUUUAUUGAAAAACAGUGAUAGUAUUGACCAAUAUAAUUAUUAUAAUUUGUACCUUAACCACCCUUCCUUAUUAAUAAACGAAGAAUAAGCUUGGAUUCUUAGAUUAUAUCAUAUUAGCAGCAAAUAAAAUAUGAUCCGACUCAUCUACAUAAGCAACUCUUACAUACGCACACGUCUGUAUAUAAACAUUCAAUCGAGCGAGCACAGACAGAACGAGUCUGUACGGCUGAGCUGUAUUGUUGUCCUUUUGGCAACAAAAUGGCGAUUACGUACAAAAUAUUCACGGCAAACCGUGAUUUUUGAGAGAAAAAUGUUUUACAGUUUUAUGAAUGAAAUGAAUUAAUGAAAAGUGAAAAGUGACUUUGAACUAAUUGUGUUCUAUAUAAAAUCAUUGAAGGCAUUGUUUUAUCUUUAUAACACAGAAUAUACGCAAUAUUGUUAUAUUGAGUGUACAUGCAGCGUGUUUGAAUGUCCACUUGUGACUACAGCGAAUAGUGAUCGUGCACCACAAUUUAAGCGGAUCACUUUUGAGCCGCGAGUGCCGUAUCUUUCCUUUUUGUUUUAAUCUAAGCCUGGAUUAGUUACUCCAUGUUUUGUCUCUUUUCAUUGAAUGACAUAUGGCAUUUCAGUGAUAUAAACAAAACGCGGCGUAACUUGUCUAAUCUUAUUUCUCGUUUAUUAAUAAGGGGGGGUAGAUGUAUAAACAAUAGGUGCUUCAAAAUUGAUUGUUCUUUUCAUUAUAAUAAUUUGGAAUUUGAUUUGGUACUGUAUGUAUAAUGUUUUUUCAAGUUGCUAUGUUCUACCACAAAAAUAUUUUUUUGGUUAAAUUAAAAGCAUUAUUUUGUCUAUUAAAGCAGCUCAGUAAUGUAGGAAUAUUUUUUAUGUUUUCAUGAACAUCUUGGUUGAACUAGUAGAAAAUUACCUCUAAAAAUAUCUAUUAGCUGAAUGUAAUGUGAAGUGUAAGCGACAAAUUGUUAUUACCAUUAUUUUUAUAUAAACAAUGAUGAUGCCAAUAGUUAUUGUAGUGAAUCUGACUACGUUUGUUCGGAACAUUAUGCGCAAAAACCUGUUUCCAUUAGUUUUACAAUAAUGUUGUAUGUUAAGUGUGCAGAGUGGCUGUUCGCGUAAACAUACAGAUUUAAAAGAGCAUUUAAAUAGUGCCACAAAGUGGCUGUACGCUUCAACGUAAAAUUAUUAAAGAACAGUUUUAAUAAAGCCAUUUACUGGAAAUAGAAGUGCACUACAAUUACUCAAUGAAACAAGUCACAUUCACACAGACGCGAUUGAGUUUAACCUAGAACUCAAGUCAAUAAUGUUUCCAGAGCCCUAAAGGGCCUAAUGUGAAUGACCUUUUAGGCAUGGAUGGUUUGUGCGAGAUACCAAUUUGUCGUAUCAAAACUUUUCUUGAUCUUUAUUAUCUUCUCGUAAGUUUUUACUAAUUCUUUCGCGUCUGCGUAAAUAUGAAGUUUUACAGCGCCAUCUAGUGCAUAAAGUAGUGAACUAUAAUGUUACUCCACAAUCGUUUUAACGUUUGCACUCUGCAUAUUUAGUUGCGAUGUUAUAUAGUUUUUUACAUAGUUUAGUACUAAUGACCUAAAAUGUGUAAAUGUUUGCAUAAAAAACAGCAUUCUCAAUAAAUUGUAUUAUGCGUCAUAUUGGUAUGUAAUAUGUAUUGAGGCGUAUUACUUAUUAAUAAGUUAGUUAAAGUUAGUCUUAUGAUUAUAUUAUGCCACAAAUAAACGUAUUUUUAAGUUUA